AUGAAACCAGUCUCAUUAUCCUUCCUCCAUUCGCUCCCGGUUGAGCUGACCGAGUUGGUUGCAGACUUCCUUGAGGCAGAUGAAGUAUUAGCACUACGUUUAGUCUGUCGCGAACUUCAGAGGAAAACGUUUCAUCACUUUGCACAGCGGUUCUUCUCAACUAUCAAGACCAACCUCUCUGAAGACAGUCUGCGUCGUAUCAACGCUCUCUCGCAGAAUAUUGCAUUACGUCCCUAUGUCACCGGGUUGGCUUUCAUGCUUCAAAAUGGAGUCGGUCGCGGCUUGGUUUGGAACCGUCAUCCAUGGGGUCCUAUCUCCGCUCCUUUAGAAGUCGAAGCGAUUCGGUCUCUGCGUGAUAAUCUAAUCCAAAACUUGAUUAAUUGUCGAUCGUUCUUUAUCUUUUGUCGAUAUCCAGAGGGUCAUCCGGACAUGACUCAUGUCACUAUCACAGACGCUGUCGCCGUGUUCUUUGCGCUGGUCGUCGAUGCUCGUCUGCCAGUUUCGUCGUUCCAUCUUAUCUAUGCCAACAGAAACUCGCGCACCUUGAUCAUGGAUAUGCGCCGUCUUCCCAAGCUCCUCUAUCGCCAACCGGAGUUUAAGAUCGUGUGGGCCAAUCUACAAAAUCUCUCUUUGGAACAAUAUCUCACGUUGGAUAACUUCGGCUUCCUACUUGAGCUGGUUCUUAGUGCUCCAAAUCUCCAGACCCUCCUAUUAAACCUUGGCAUGCAUGAUUUGGCAUCUGAAUUUAUGCAUGAAUUGGCCGAGAGCGCCAGCUUUUCCCAACUGCGCGAACUUGCUUUGUUCCGGACAUCCAUGGGGGACCCAGAUCUCCACAAGUUACUCGCCAAAGUUCGCCCAACCUUGACUUCACUCACACUACAUCAUGUUUCCCUAGCGCCAGGAAACGACUUGACUCCAUUUAUCAAGGAGCUGAGUCAGGGAUUUCUGGCUUUACAAAGUAUUUCGCUAUAUUAUCUCUGGGCCAGCACACCUGCUAAGGGUCUCUUAACAUUUCCCGACAUUCCAAAGACAUCUUCAUUGUGCGAUUCUAAGGGCCAGCAUCUCAACAUAUUUUACUCCGAAGAUAUCAAAACUCCUACUGUCCUUGGGGUCGAAUAUUCUGGGCCAAAGAUGUCACAUGUGUUGAAGUUAUUACAGACAAAGACUGAAAGACCUUUCUCGUUGGUUACUUCUAUAUGA